GGCUUGGUCAACGAAGCUGACUUCGGCAACUUCAGCUCCACUCGCGGAGAUCGUCUUGGUCAGACCUCGACACGGCUCGACGUGGCAAGCGGUACGAAGUGAAGCGCAGCCGCCUUGGAGCUCGGCUAGAAAAGCGCUUGAUUGCGGGUUCGAAAGCGGCUGCAGAGGCAAGCGGAAGCCGAGCUCAUCUAUUGAAUCCGACUGCAAAUCUCGAGCUGCCUGGCGACCAAGGAGCUCUGGCAACCUCAACACUGACAAAUACUCCAGCUACAAAUUCCCUGCCGCACCGAGGAGCAGAUUCGGUGCCUCGCUUCACGCUGGGACCGUUCCCUAGCCACAUGCGGGCUCCAAAACGUCAGACCAAAUCCGCCAUGGUCAGACACACAGGCGCCAACAAGAGACCUUGGCAUGUUGGAGUCGGAGCUUCGGACGCUGGUGGCGCAGGGAGAGUCCAAAAGCCGAGAUCGAGCGAACCAACGCCACAUAGCGCUGGUCCCAAUGAUCCAGCCGAGGCCAGUGGCGAGAGAACAGCAGGAGACGCCUCUGGUACGAGCCGCAGCCCCGCAACAGACACCCGCAAUACGGCUGGCAAGCGACCCGGCUGGCGGUAUGUGCGCAACGGACCCCAGAUCCUAGACCUCAACGAAAUGCCAGGAAAGAGCAUUGUGAGCUAGCAGUCAUCCAGGGAAUCAGGUCCUUGCAUCAGCGAGCGCUCACUGUCGCAUUCCCGACCCUCCUCAGAAACGCACGGUUGACGGCUUGACCGUCGACAUGGGUAGGGUCCACGACGUCGUCCACGCAAACGCGUUGGAGAAGUCCAUGCAUCACUUCCGCCACCAGAUUCCAAAUGUGGACCACUUCAGGGUGAGUCGCUGGCCCCUCUUCUCUUCCUUUCCUCAUGCUUGGCUAAACUCAAAGUGUCCAUGUCUCGCUUUCCGAAGGUGGAGCGAGGUAUGCUCCACGACAAGCAAGGUUGGGCGUUCCUGGGCUACGCAAAGAGUCGAAGCCACCUCAUCAGAAGCGAAACGGGAUAUGCCUAUUACCGAGUUCCUAUUGCCCCUGAUCUCGCUUGGCCUCCCGGCUCAAAGCAGAUUCACAAUCACCCUGAUGCCAAGGUGACCGGUGCGGUUCCGCGACAAGUGACGGG